CUUCCGCAUUGCUUCCCUACUCAGCAAAUCAAUACCCGAAUCCGUGGAAAGAACCAGUGAAACAAAAACAAAAAGGAAAAAAAAAAUGUCUUGCUCCACGGACAGGUAUGGUACUGAAGUUUUAUCUGGUGCCGAAGCCGAAUCAUUAAAUCAACCUCUGAGGCUUCCUUUCUCUGGCAAAGUGAUCAAGAAUCGGUUCUGCAAGUCAGCUCUAAGUGAGAACCUGGCGCGGUCAGAUGGUCAGAUCGAUAAUGCUCAUUUGAACAAGCUACUCAACGUCUAUGAUUCGUGGGCUCAAGGAGGCUUUGGCUUGAUAAUAACGGGUAACGUUAUGGUGGACAGAACAAUGCGUGAGAUGGAGUUCAAUGUCUCUGUCGAGGAUGAACGGGAUCUAGGUCGAUUGAAAGUCUGGGCUCAGACUGUGCAGAACCAUGGGGGUGCUCUAUUCGCUCAGAUUAGUCACCCAGGACGACAGACCCAUGCCCAUCUUACCAAGGAGCCCGUUGCUCCAAGCGCUGUUCCUUCCCCUAACUUCCACCGGUUAAUGGUAUUCAAUUACCCAAGAGCCUUGACGGUUCCAGAAAUUCACCAAACUAUACAAAGGUUCAUCACUACAUCUGUAGUCCUUCACAAAGCAGGCUUUGAUGGCGUCCAGAUCCAUGCCGCCCAUGGCUAUCUCGUCAGCCAAUUCUUGAAUCCUCGCACCAACAUUCGUACGGAUAAAUAUGGUGGUAGCAUUGAGAACAGAGCUCGAUUCUUAUGUGAGAUUAUCCAAGGCAUUCGACAAGCCACCCCCAGGGAAUUCUCCAUUGGUGUUAAACUCAAUAGCGUGGACUUUGGGCGACGACAAUCUCCUAAAGGCCAGCAGCAACAGUGGAACCAGAAUACAAAAGAUGCUGCUUUGGCAGCUGAAAUUAAAGACCUAGAUGCGGAUGAUGAACAAAUCGAGAGAUCCUUGGAUGAUGCUGUUCAAGUAUCUUUGAUGCUCGAAAAUCUAGGCGUCGACUUUAUUGAAAUCUCGGGUGGAAGCUACGAAAGCUGGGUUGGAGGCUUGCUGGAUCGCAACGAGAAAAGAAUCAAUAUCGAGCAACAAAAACUCUCGGAAUCGACACAGAAACGUGAGGCUCAUUUCGCUGUCUUUGCAGACCGGAUCUCCAACAAGCUCAAAAUCACCAAGGUCAUCCUUACAGGUGGAUUUGUUAGCGCAAAGGGAAUGAUCAAUGCUCUCAACUCUCUUUCGGAUGAAGAAAGCAUCCAUAGUAAUGGACAGCCUCAUAUCGACAUGAUUGGGUUGGGUCGUCCCGCAUGUCAUGAACCAAACCUACCUAAUUUGAUCAUGGCAGGGUCCGUUACCGGGGCUGUACGCAUACCUAAAAUGCUUGGUGGGUUCCUCGACGAUGUUUUUGUCUCGACGGGCAACAUUCACCGUAUUGCCAAUCAAAAGGAGCCUGUCUGGAACUUGUCUUCCAUCUUACUCAGUCGUAAUCAUAUUGCCAAUGUAUUGCUUUAUAGCAAAAUGAUCUGGUCCGGGAUUAAAAAUAGCAUUUGA